GAUUGGAAUUGAUGUUAGCAAACAUGGCGUCGUCGCCAAUUUCUGGCUGAAUUUUUUGUUGUCAAAAGAAACUGUGCGGAAAAUGUUGCAAUAAAAUCGUGCGAAAUGUGAAUUGUAUAUUAAAUAAAUAAGUGCAAUAAAACGAGAGUGACUAGCAAACAAUAUCGGAUAGACGGAGUGCUGCAAUGGCUGCGGCUGCUGCAGCAAUGCCAGCUGCAAACACAACAACAACAGCAGCAACAACAACGCCAACACCUGCAAAUCCGAAUGCACCUGCAAUCAACGCAUCGUCGAGCAGCAGCAGCAACGCGGCACAGUUUCGGGAAAUUCAUAAAAAUACAUGGCUGAAAAGACUGACGGCCGAUGGCAAGAAAUUAACCGUUGGCCCAAAGAAAUCUGAGUGCAGUUGGGUGGUAUUCUGUGUGCACGACGACACCGAUGCCCUACUCGAAGGUUACGCGGAACCACGUCAAGCGGCCGCACACAUGCCUGAAUGGGCGGUUUCGCUGCGGGAUACGCUGCAUAUAUCACACGCCCUCAUUCCCAAUUCGCACGAGUUCGAGUUUGUUGUAACGCUCAGCAAUGAAGUGUUGCGCUUUCAUGCGGUGUCAUGGGAGAUUAUGCAAGAAUGGGUGGAAACGUUGCGUUCCAAGCUGCGUGAAAUGAAGAUCCUUUCACCACGUGAAAACCUCUACACAAAGUUACCUGAAGUGCGCGCUCCAUUGCUGCCAACGCGCGAUCCCACAUCACCGUUGCCCGCACCUCCGCCAGUUCCCGCGGCCAUUGUGCCCGGCGUAGAGCGUAUUCCGGCUCAUCAGCAUCAACAGCAGCAACAGCAGCACGACAACAACACGUCCAGAACAGCAGCAGCGAGUACUAUAACUACUUCAAGUGCUCCCUCGUCCGUUGCGGCGCAAGUCAUUGAAGCCGUCGCCACAACAACAACUACAGUAACACCUCCAACCACAGCCAUGUCUAAUACAUUAACUCAGCAUUUGUUAAAUAUGCUGUCAGAUCCCAUUAGCACAUACAGCGAACAAAUAAGCGAAAGUCUAACGCCAACUGCCGUCGAGGAGCUGGACGAGGAAGCCAGUGCAACAGCUGCCACAGAGCCACAAAACGUGACUGCCUCAGAUAACAUUCUGUCGGACGAUGAGUUUCUGUCACCCAUACUGCGAAAUGGAGUGCGAGUCGAUGUUGCUGCUGCUUCUGCUCAGCGCAUAUCAGCUGAUCAAAUCAUGAAUUUCGAACAAAUGUUGCAAUGCGAACGUCUUAUUCCCAGACCACAAACUUCACGUUCCAUGUCAGCAGGUGCUGCUGAUAAAACAAAGAGGCCACUACGGAAAUCACCACAGCCGAAAACUCAACAGGCUGCCACUAACUCAACUGCCGUGGAAGAGACGGCAGACAACAAUAUAACAAUAAUACAAGUUUCCAAUACGAAUGCCGAGAUAAUGCAACCGCCCGAAUUGCCGCCCAAGAAUAAAGUUGUUGCGGAUAUUUUUCGUUUUCCUGAGAUUAAUUCAAAGACCAAGAUGAAAAAUUCGUUGCAGUCGCAGCAAAAACUACAAAACGAUUACAAGAGUAACGUACAAAUCAUUCCGUCCAAUUCCGUCGUCAAUUCAAAUACGAUACAGGUGCUGAGCCAACCCAGCAGUAGCGGCAGUGUCAGCAAUGGCAGCAGCUGUAAUCCCUAUACAAUACCAUUGAAACCCAAUGCUUCCAAUGCGACAACCACUCAAACUGCGUCCAAUACAACAACUGUUCAGGUGCUAGCCGAUGGUGAGGCAAGGGCAACAGCGACAGCGACAACCACUGUGGCUGUCUAUGGCACAUGUUAUCCCACAGCCAGCGCUAGUGUCCUACCGAGUGCCAAUGAUAAACCGCAGACGCCAAAGGUCGGCAAGAAGAUUAUACUCAGCGCCAAUAGCUCUGGCAUCACCAACAUACGCAUUAACAAUGAGCAGACAAACGACUCUAAUGUCAUCAGUGGCAAUGUCCACUACGAGAAGGUAUUCCUAUCGUCGAGCAUACCUGUCAGAAGCAGCAACAGCAGUCCUACAGCUAUGCGAGAGGAACAACCCAGCAGCAGCCAUGCCCAUGCAAUAGUAAACGUGGAGAACACGCCGACACCCGUUAACGGAAGUCCAGCUUUGCCGCGUCGCGGCAUUGUUAUUCCAUCUCAAACGCCAAACAAUGGACGCACUAUGCCUCAACUAACUCGUGGCUUGACCGAGCUGGUCAUUAGCACACGGCCGAGUCGACGAGAUUUUCACUAUUUAAAGAUGCUAAAUACACCACUCAAAACGAAGACAGUGCAUAAGACGGCCAGCGCCAGCGCCAAUGCCAACAAUAACAUCGAACAGAGUGUACCUCACACGUCUGGUUCGAAUGGUGCAAACUCCGGACAGAGUAGCAACGUUGCCGCUAGCUCCGCAGUGGAGAGCAUUGAGCAGCGCAGGCGCAGCUCAUCCACAUCAGAUGCACAAGCGCCGUUGCAGCGAGGCGCCACAGUAACCGCAUCAACGCAAACGAAUAGUCAACGCGGCGCCAACAACAAUGAGUUUGUGCCGGGUCGCAAUAUAGCAUCGAGUGCCUUUCGAAUACAAUCGCCACCCCAGGUGGUGGCAGCAUCCCAAGCGACCAGCAGCAACAGCGGCAACAAACGAUUGACGCUACGCGAGCAACAAGUGAUGCAAUUGCGUCGCGAGAUUAUGCAUCCUGGUGGCGUACGAUUAAAUUUGCGACGCAAGGAUUGCGUGGGCUCGAUUGCUUGGGUAGAUGCGUUCGGCGGUGUCUGGAUUGCAGGAUGGAAGCAAAAGGAACAUCCAGUUCUAUAUAACGCUUUGCACAUUGGCGAUCAGCUGCUCUCCAUAGCGGGAGUUAGCAUCAGCACAGCCGCAGAGGCUAAUAAAAUUAUACGCAAUACAAACACGCUAUUUGUCGAAAUGCUGCUCCGUCGCAUCCCCUUUGGUCGUGCGUAUGCAAUACGACGAGAUCGGGAGGGUCAAUGCUUAGGACUCAUACGCGAUGGCAAUACCUCAACCAUCGUUGACGUGGUACCCAACAGCUUGGCUGCUCGGCAUGGACUGCCGCCUAAAACGCAGUCAUGUGAUGGUACUUCGUUGACGUUCUGGAUACUCACAGAAAUUAAUGGACGACCGCUAAAUUUGUUUUUCAAGGAUUUAGAAAUACGUGAUCGCCUGAAUUCGGUAGGCAGGGAUAUAUCGAUAUUGGUGCAACCGUCGGAUUUGAUAACCAAAUUGAAAAAGCAGUUGAAAUCGUUGCGCGGCUACAAGGAUUAUCUAGUACAGUAGACGCCUCACUUCAAAAGUGGUUGCUUUUAUUUUAUAUAGACCUAAAAAAUAUAUAUAGACACAUAUAUAUAGCAUAUACAUAUAGCUCCGUAGGGAAACUCAAAACUGUUAUAC